AUGUCUUCUCGCGAACCAAUCCUUAUCCAGGAACCACCGCCGGUUAUCUCACGUCGCCGUGCUGCUUCUAUCAUUGCUUGCAUCACAUGCAUCACUAGCAUUGGUAACCUGUUAGUCGGACUGCUUACCGUGUGCGUCCCGGUUAUCGCCAAGGAGCUCAACAUCGGUCUGGCACUGCAACUGUGGCCCGUGUCCAUCUUCGCACUCACAUGUGGCUGUACAUUGUUGCCUGUGGUGCCGCUGCCGAUGUCCUUGGUUGUCGCCGUACAUACCUGCUGGGAUCCCUACUCCAGGCUGCAACCACGCUCGGCUCAGGACUGGCCAAAACAUCGUCUCAGCUUCUCAUUCUCCGCGCUCUCGCUGGUGUCUCUGCCUCGUUCUGUCUCCCCAGCGCCGUGGCUGUAGUGACAAGCACCUUCCCGGCAGGCCCACGCCGAAAUCUCGUAUUCGCAGCCAUGGGUGGUGGUAAAGCUGUAAGUCAAUAUUUAAUGUCACUCUUCCUUGAAGACACGCCCGAGGUCGACUCUUGUUUUUCUCAGAUCAAGCGAUCGUUACUGAAGUCUUGACUUUGCUUUAUUAUUUUACGCGUAAUGAUAUAUGUUGACGAGGCUGUUCAGGUUGGCUUCGGACUUGGAUUGACACUCGGUGGCGUGUUCUCUAACACCAUUGGCUGGCGAUGGGGCUUCCAUACCGCAACUUGCUUGAACAUCGUUGUACUUCUGCUGGCAUUGUGGACGCUACCUCGAAACAUCGAUAAGUCACUUGGAAAAUCAACGCUAGUUAGUCUCAGAGAUGACGUCGACUGGGUCGGCGUGCUGAUUCUGACUGCCAGUCUUGGGCUACUGUCCUAUGAGUUUGCAGUCAUGACCAGUUUGGGUAUCCGGAAACCGAUCAACAUUUCACUGUUAACCGUUGGCCUUGUUCUGCUUCCUGUAUUCGGCCUCUGGAUGCACCGGCAGACGCGUCUUGGGCGCCCUGCGCUGAUCCCAAAUAACCUGUGGACCAACAUCCCGUUCACUACUGUCUGUAUCACAAUAUUCCUUGUGUGGGGAGCCCUCAACGCGAGCGAGCAGCUUACCGCGCUCUAUCUUGAAGAUGUGCUCGGAGUUUCCCCCCUAACAUCCGGACUAUAUUUCCUACCAGCGCCUGUCUGCGGUGCGCUUAUGAAUGCUGUGAUAGGGCUUAUGCUGCCUUACUUACGCCCCUCAUUAGCGAUACCCAUAGCAUGUCUGACCAGCAGUAUUGCGCCUGUUCUGCUUGCGGCAUUAUGUCGAGUCAACGGACCUAGUUACUGGGGCGCUGUGUUCGAGGCUAUGGCCCUCAACCCUCUAAGCGCAGACGUCAUUUACACGGUUGCAAAUCUUAUCGUGACCGAUGCGUUCCCAGAAAAGACGCAGGCCCUGGCGGGUGGCGUGUUCAAUAUGAUUGCCCAGAUUGGGAAGAGUGUGGGCAUUACGACAACCGCCAUUAUUGCAGCACGAAUCUCUGCCCAGGCUGGAGAGGGGCCUAAAGAGGCUUUGCUCUUGGGUUAUAAAGCCGGGUGGUGGUAUAAUAGUGCAAUGGGCUUAGCCACGGUUCCCUUGACCCUUUGGGGACUGAAGCGGGUUGGGAAGCUUGGAAUAAAGAGAGAAUAA